AAUCAGAAAAAACGUCAAGAUGCUUUCCAAAAGUUUAGCAAAAAAAUGUCUUUUAAUUUUCAAACAAAAACAAUUUACUGCUUAUUUAUAUUUUUUAUGUGUCUGCAGAGAGCAAAAACACAAUACAAUAUACAUAGGAGAGAUAAAGAACCAAACGUAUAUUUCAACGAUCCGACGAAAGGUUUAACUGACGGCGAAAUCGAUGUGGCGCUGGAAGAUUUAUCCCUGUCAGAUUUGAAUAUUUUAAACAAGCUGAUCGAUCAGUCUAACGCACCGGACUACGAUUAUGCUGACUAUGAGAGUCGAAACUAUGCUUUGGGUCCGUCUCGCGAACACACCUUUGAUGACAAUCCCUUCUACGAUAAUACGAAUAUAAAUUACUACGAUGACAUCGAAGAGCUUCCAAGAGAUGCACGCAAUCCGCUGCAGUACAAGAUACCACGGAAGAGUCUAAUGCCAUUUGCGGAACAAACGGAGAUACAGCGUACGAAACGCGAUAAUGGCAAUGAAAUAAAGCAGGCCGCAGUCGACGCGGAGUAUAUAAAGCAAUUGGAAAACUCCUUUCCACGGGACCAAGAGCAGAACAAUCACGAGGAGGGUGACGAAAAGAAGGAGCAUAUACGCGUGAAACGCAACUGAGCGUGCAACACAUGUACCUACAUAUUUACAUACACGUACAUAUUACAUAUCCGAUAUAUCCUACCUCAACUUGAUAUAAAAUUUGAUGAAUUUAAUAAAAUUUGUAUUAACGCUUCCGUCACUUA